UCACCGUUGUUCCUAGCUCUCGGCCUUGGACACUAAAACAUGGCUCCCGAUCUCAAGCUUUCUGCAGUCUUCUGCCUCCUGGCCGUCGCCUCGCUCCCGCUGCUCGCGGUCGCCGACUGCGAAUGUGAGGCCUCCACCGACGAAGACAGCGACAAGGCGAGGGCGCUGACGCUCAAGAUCGUCGCCAUCUUCUGCAUCCUCGUCGCCAGCUCUGUGGGCUGCGCGAUCCCCUCGCUGGGCCGGAGGUUCCCGGCUCUCCGCCCGGACACCGAUCUCUUCAUCGCCGUCAAGGCCUUCGCGGCCGGGGUCAUCCUCGCCACGGCGUUCGUGCACAUCCUCCCGGACGCCUUCGAGAAGCUCGGCUCGCCGUGCCUCGUCGACGGGCCGUGGCAGAAGUUCCCGUUCACGGGCCUCGUCGCCAUGCUCGCAGCCAUCGCCACGCUCGUCGUCGACACGAUCGCCACGGGAUACUUCCAGCGCGCGCACAGCGCCAAGACCGCCGCCGCGCCCGUUAUCGGGGACGUGGAGGCUUCAGACCAUGCGCACGGCGGGCACGGCCACGCGCACGGCGUCGUGUCCGUGAUGGCGUCGACGUCCAACGCCGACGGCGGCGGCGCGCAGCUCAUCCGCCACCGCGUCAUCGCGCAGGUGCUCGAGCUGGGGAUCAUAGUGCAUUCUGUGAUCAUCGGGAUGUCUGUAGGUGCAUCUGAGAGUCCCAGCACGAUCAGACCGCUUGUUGCAGCGCUGACGUUUCAUCAGUUCUUCGAAGGAAUAGGGCUUGGAGGAUGCAUUGUGCAGGCCAAGUUCCGUCUCAAGUCCAUGCUGACAAUGGCCCUCUUCUUCUCGCUCACCACGCCGGUCGGGGUUGUGAUCGGCAUUGGCAUCUCCUCCACCUACAACGAGAACAGCCCCAGGGCCCUCAUCGUCGAAGGGGUCCUCAACGCCGCAGCGGCUGGUAUCCUGAACUACAUGGCCCUCGUCGACCUUUUGGCCGAAGACUUCAUGAACCCUAGGGUGCAGAACAAUGGAAGGCUGCAGGUCAUCGUCAGCGUGUCGUUGCUGGUCGGGGCGGCACUGAUGUCCAUGCUUGCUAUAUGGGCUUGAAACACUAGUGAGUACAGUACUGAUCCAAACUCUUCUUCUUCUUUUUUUGAAGUUUCGAAUCUUUUUAUUGUGGGAUCUGGGAUCAUCA